AUGGCUAUGCAUGCUGAGCCUGCACCGGCCGCUGGGCAAGCGCUCCCGAACGGCACCCACGGUGAUCUGCCGCUGCCAGGUUUUGCCAACGACGAUCCCGUUCCCCACGCUCGUCUCGACGACGACAUUCAGGACAACGCAGACGACGACGUGAAGGACGACGCAGACGCAGACGACGACGUGAAGGACGACGCAGACGCCGACGACGUGCAGGACGACUCAGACGCCGACGACGUGCAGGACGACUCAGACGACGACGACGUGCAGGACGACUCAGACGACGACGACGUGCAGGACGACUCAGACGACGACGCCCUCAUUCGCCGACGCCGUCACCGUCGCCCUCGGUCGCCGUCGCCGGAGAUUGCCCGCCGACUUCGCCGACGCGUCAUGCCCGAAGAGCGCGCGGGUUUUAGCAUCGGGGGUAUCGUCAACUGCAUUCGCAACUGGUUCCAGUAGACGCGUCUGCGAAAAUGUCGAUUGCAUUUACUGACAAGUGGCUCCAUUAAUCAAUGUCUUGUGUCGAG